CACACACACACACUACCCGCCAAACAUACACUAGAGACAUACACACACUCAAGUAGACACAUGACAGGCCUGCUAGCUAACUCGUUUAGCUAAUGUUGCUGGCACAAUAUAAUCGUAAUCAUGUUUGUAGCGCGUAGUAUUGCAGCAGAUCAUAAAGAUCUAAUUCACGAUGUGUCGUAUGAUUUUCACGGCCGGAGAAUGGCAACUUGCUCCAGUGACCAAAGUGUCAAGGUUUGGGACAAAAGUGAAAAUGGAGAGUGGCACUGCACCGCCAGCUGGAAGACGCACAGCGGAUCAGUGUGGAGAGUGACCUGGGCUCAUCCAGAAUUCGGGCAGGUUCUAGCUUCCUGCUCCUUUGACAGGACAGCUGCUGUCUGGGAAGAGAUUGUAGGGGAGUCCAAUGACAAACAGAGAGGGCUGAGCCACUGGAUAAAGAGAACUACACUAGUGGACAGUAGAACUUCAGUGACUGAUGUGAAGUUUGCCCCCAAACACAUGGGUCUGAUGUUGACCACCUGCUCUGCGGAUGGAGUGGUAAGGAUUUACGAGGCUCCGGAUGUGAUGAACCUGAGUCAGUGGUCCCUGCAGCACGAGAUCUCCUGCAAGCUCAGCUGCAGCUGCAUCUCUUGGAAUCCCUCCAGCUCACGUGCCCACCCUCCAAUGUUUGCAGUGGGGAGUGAUGACAGCAGUGUAACAUAUGGUGGGAAAGUUCAGAUCUAUGAAUACAAUGAAAAUACAAGGAAGUAUGCUAAAGCAGAGACGCUGAUGACCGUCACUGAUGCAGUCCAUGACAUUGCAUUUGCUCCGAACCUGGGAAGGUCUUUCCAUGUCCUUGCCAUUGCAACAAAAGAUGUCCGAAUCUUUAAGCUUGUUCCUAUGAGGAAAGAGAGCACCUCUACAGGACCCACCAAGUUUGAAGUGCAGAUUAUGGCUCAGUUUGACAACCAUAACUCCCCGGUGUGGCGUGUGAGCUGGAACAUCACCAGCACCCUACUGGCCUCCUCCGGGGAUGAUGGCUGUGUGCGCCUCUGGAAAGCUAACUACAUGGACAACUGGAAAUGCACAGGCAUCCUGAAGGGAGACGGGAGCCCACUCACCAGCACUUCCGGUCAGCCCACAGCCAUGAGCACUGUGGUGGGCUCCUCCGUUCAGACCUCCCAGAAUGCACUGAACGGGAUGUCUGCAGGAAGGUAUUUCUUUCCGCCUCUGGAUCAUCCCAGGGCGGGGACCAGGUAUGGUCACCUGCUGCCUCCCUCCUCCCUCAUAGAGCACUGUGAUGCUGAGCCCAUUCCACCUCAACAACAGGCUCUUCCCAACAGACUCUCCUCUAGAGCACUGCUGCCCUUACCAGAGGCAGAAGGGCAGUAAUAUUGGGGUGUUUUAGCUAAAAUAUGGUUAUGGUUGGGGGAUGGGGAUGAGCCACAAAACUACCAUUCAUUUCUAAUAAAGACAUUCAUUUUUUCUGUGUUUUGUUCUUCUGUGCAGAAAUUGGGGAAAAAGUACUAGGAGAUGUCAGGACGAUUUUGUGAAAUUUGCAUUAUAUGGCCAGGACAGGCAUUUUGAUAACCAUUUUAUUAGUCAAAUGUAUAUGCUAAUCUGUGAUACACUAAAUGUUCCCAAUAUUUAGCUUUGUAUUCUAAUGCUAUAAGUACUUGGAAUGUGCAAAAAAAAAAAUCACAUCUAUGUGUUGAUUUCCAUGUAUGUGGGUCAUGAAACAAUGUCAAUAUCAUUGACAGGAGCACUGACUGACAAAGUCAACCAUCAGUAACUGCAAAGGAUAUAUUUUUCCUUAUAACUCAGUGCUCAUGGAGGUUUGAAAUUGAACAUGGUGGAAUACACGCCAUAAGAAAAGAAUGUUCCUGAUUAUUUUUCCUUCCAAAUACACAAACAAACAAAAUUAAUUCAUGAGUCACUGGCUCGAAUAUGAGACUCUUCAUUCCUUUUUUUUUUUUUUAAAUGAAAAUGGAUCCAAGGUAAAAAAAAAUCCGUUAUUCUUGACACUGUGAUUGAUAUUCUAGUUAUUAUGAGCUGAUAUGGUUGUCCGGAGAUUGUCAACUGGAUGGGGUCUAUUUUAGAAAACAGAAAAAUCAGAUUCAGUCCUUGUUUCAGGUGUGCCUUGCUGAAGUAUUAUUGAGCAUGUAACUUAUCCAUGGCCUUUGUGUUUUGGUUGAAUCUAAGAGAUAACUCUAUGGGUAUCAAUUAAGGAUCACAUUAUGUAUGAAUAUAAGGCCCUUUUCCUCCUAAUUUUACUUGAAAAAAAAUAGGG